CAGCAGAGCAAGCAAAUAAAUAACAUUGAGCACCGCAUAAAUUCUGUCAUUUAAUAUAGUUCGACUGAUCACCUCCAAAACGAAAUAAAUAAACCUAUUUUCCACAUAUUAGUAAAAAGACAUUUACGAAACAAGAGAAAUUAUAAUCAGUAUCUGGCAGAAAAUGUUGAAUGCUUUAGAAAAUAAUACAUUACACAGUUAUUCUUACAAAAAUCCUAAUCUUUACUCCACAACAAAUGACGUUGCAAAUCUCUUCACAAUGCUCAUUGCACAACAACAGCCAAAACACAUUAAUAAAGAACUAUCAUUAAAAAGCCGAUAUCAAUCGGUUUUCGUGGAAAAUUCUUUGGUUUAUAACUUCUUAAAUAGAACAGAAUCACCGCCAGCUAUAUCAACAGUAGCAACAACGACUACUCCUUCUACUAAUCAAUACAAAUAUCAAGAACUGUGGCCAAUUUCCCCUAAACAGUCAAAAUAUCAACUUAAAUUUGGGAUCGAUACAAUACUUGGCAGUGUGGAUACAAAUGAACACUUAUUGAAGAAAUCCUCCGAAGUAACAAAUGAUUUGAAAAAGUUAUUUGAAGUGAAAACAGAUCAGUUAUCAGUAAAAAGUACAACUUGUAUAAUGACAGCAAAUGAAACAGAGUCUAAUUGUGUAAAUAUAUAUUCUAAUGAAGAGAAAAGUGUUUUAAAUAAGGACGGAUCUUUGCCAAAUGUGAAUUUACCUUCAUCUGAAAUGAUGAAAACAUUGUCUAUGACUUUUUUAACACACCAAUCUCCGACCAUCCUCUCCUCUUAUGAUCAUCAACAACAUAACUGUUCUUCACCAACUUCAUCCAUACAACCAUCAAUACCACUGCAAUCUUCUUUGUUUCUUUCUUAUGGUUCAAUUCCUUUGGUCAAUAAAAUUAAAAAAUCAUCCGUUUCAUCUGGUUCUUCAUCAUCUUCUUAUUUAUCACCAACAAUACAAAAAGAACAAAUAUAUUUCCAUGACACCCCUGGUAAACUAUGGUUAACUCCACAAUUACACAACAAUAUGGUAAAAUCUACAGAAUCUUCAACUGUAAAAAUACAUAAAAAUUCUGAUUUGAAAGCAUUAGAUCAUAGUUAUUUAUCGGAUGAUCAAAGUGGAAAUUCUGUAAAUACUUCAUCGACAAUUGAUUUAUUAAAAUGUAUUGGUCCCGUUGAAUUUAUCAAUAAUGGUGCUGGAAUUAAAAAUCCAUUGGCAUGUAGCACAAAAUUUGAAAGGGAAUGGCUAAAUCGUCUUUAUGCUUCUCAAAUAGGUCCAAAUGAGUAUGUUUGCAAAGCAUGUGGUAAACGUUUCCAAUUAUUACGUCUUUUAACACGACAUAUUAAAUGUCAUAGUCAGUUACAUAGGUAUUUAUGCAAGUUUUGUUUCAAAGGAUUCAAUGAUACAUUUGACUUGAAACGUCAUACUAGAACACAUACAGAGUCAAGUUUACGUCGUACUUGAUGAUCCUAUGUUAUUAUUCAAUGGAGCGGUUAUACAAACAUUUGGAGCAUUCAGGAGGUAAUUUUGAUUUGGGACUGAUGCCAACUAUAGAAUCAAUAAAAAACCAUGGAGCCACCAUACAACAACUGCAUUCCACUAUGAGAUCUCACACCAAUGCAAACCCACUAAGCGAAAAUCACCCUCUAAAUAGACUUAGAUUUCCACGAUACCAUCUAGAUUAAUAAUGACCAUGUGACAACUGGUGACUAGUUUCAAGGUGUGCGACCUUAUAGAUGUUCAGAUUGUUCAAAAGCAUUCACCCAACGAUGCUCCUUAGAAGCACAUGGUCGUAAAGUUCAUGGUCGUCCAUUACAAUAUGCAUUCAAAGAACGUAGAGAUAAGUUAUAUGUAUGUGAAGAAUGCGGUUUCAGUACAACAGAUGCUGAAAAUCUACGUCAACAUACACAAACAGUACAUGUAACUAUAAAAUCAUCAAUUGGUGAUAUGUUAACAACCAAUACAUCUUCAAGCCUACUUCAAUUAUUUCCAAAUUAAUUAUUAAAUAAAAAUAAAUACUUAAUUUCAUCAAUUGAAUAAAUUAACGCACACAAAAAGAGAGUUAUAUAUUUUUAAAUAAGUUCAAAAUCAAUUACGUUAUACAUACAAAUACAAUGAAGUUUUCUGAAUAGUCACCAAAACAAUUCAAUGCAAACAUCCCUUUACUUGUUAUCAAUGAUGUGACCUAGAGAUUACAUGAAUCUAGUGAAUAACUUAAAUAAACUUAAUUACAGACAGAAAAGUGUAAUAGAUAUACAAAAGAUCAAAUUAUCUAAGACGGAUAGUUUGCAUAAUCUUUUCCUCGAAUCAUUUACUACAUUUAUAAAGAAGUAAUAAUAAUGAAAAUAUGCUCAUUUCCAUAUUUUAUCGUAUUCUU